AUGUCCACUGCCGCUUCAAUCGAAACCAAUGCACCGGAAAAAGCGAUUCAUCGCAUCAAAGCACAAUCCGAUGAAGAACGUUCACAAAUCAUCAUCGAUGUUUUCGUGAAAUAUUUUGGAGAUGGAAUCAAAGCUAAUCCAGCUGCAUUUCGCGGUCGAUUUCGAAAAAUGGCUGCAACACCAUUUAACUUCUAUCGUGGCUCAGCACUUUUGUUCUAUCAAGAUCUCAAAGUCGAUCAGGAUCAAUGGAUCAAUGCCAAUCCAGCAGCGGGAAACAUCUUCAUUCAUGGCGAUCUACAUGCUGAAAACUUUGGCACCUAUCUGGACAAUCACGGCAUCUUGAAUUUUGAUGUGAAUGACUUCGAUGAAGGAUAUUGUGGACCAUUCACAUGGGAUGUCAAACGUCUUCUGGCAUCAUUGAACUUGGUUGCACACAGUAAAGGCUUUUCUGAUGCUGAGAUCGAAGAAAUCCUUCGAACUUGUGCACAAGCCUAUGUAAAACAAGUCGAAGCAUUUUGUGAACAUCCAGAACAGGAGUUUUCAUUGACACUGAAAACAACUAGUGGCAAGAUUAAGAAGAUUCUGAACGAAACACGUGUGAAAUCGCAUGUGGAACAUUUGAACACGAUGACAGUGAUUGAAGAUUAUGAUCGACGAUUCAUUCGAUCGAAAAUGAUCAAAGACGUCGACGAAAAUCUACGAGCACAAAUCACCCAAGCUUUCGAUGAUUACGUAAGAACAAUUCCUGAGUACAAGAAAAAGGGCAGUAAAACAUGGGAGAGCUAUACCUAUAACAUUAAGGAUGUCGUUGCUCGAUCAUCACCUGGUAUCGGAUCAGCCGGCAAAGUUUCCUAUUCUAUUCUUGUCGAAGGACCAACAGAAACACUAGAAAAUGAUAUUGUUCUUUACAUGAAACCAGCACAAAAGUCAGCCAUCAGCUAUGUCAUUCACAAUCCCGAACUAGAACAGUAUUUUCAACAUGAUGGUCUUCGCACUGUGCUUUGUUCCUAUGCAAUGCAAUCCGUCACACCUCAAUGGUUGGGCUAUACAACACUUGGGACUAUCCCUUGUCUCGUUGAUGAAGUCACCGCACACUCGGAAGAUCUCGACUGGGAUGACAUCAAUGAUCUGAAUGACAUUCUCGAAGUUGUCACCUAUCUUGGACGAGCGACAGCUAAGAUUCACUGUGUUGCCGAUUCUGAUUGUGUGAACACACCGGGUGAUGUAUCUUGCUUACCUUUCUCAAUUAUUCCAACACAUACGGAGAAAACCAUUCGCGAUGCCGUUGGAAGUGGCGAAGAAGAGUUUGUUAAUGAAAUGGUUGAAUUUGGCAUGUUGUAUGGUAAACUGGUUCGUCGAGAUCAUCAACUAUUCUUCGAAGCAUUUCGCAACAAGCAUAUUCCUGGUCUUUAA